AUGAGAAAUGAGGAGGAGAAGGAUUGUGUGCGAGAGAAUUUCGGAUCGUUGGGCAGUCAGAUGGCUGUUGAUGAUAAAAAACGAAUACUGGAGCUGGAAUUGGAAAAUAGGAAAUUGAGAACGAAACUCGAGAAUGCUAAUAAUUGUGAAGAAAUGGGUGAAAUUCAUGCCAAAUUAUUGCGAACUGAAAUAGAACUGUCAGAGAAGAAGGAAGAAUGCGGUGUGUUAGAUCAACAAGUUCAAGAGUUUCAAAUCACUUUAUCACAAGUUACUUCACAAUAUCAGAAGACUUGCUCUCUGUGCAAUACAUUGGUAAUGGAACGAGAUUUGGCGCAACAGAAUUUGCAGGAGGCAAGAAAGAAAUUUUCCGAUUUUCAAAAUGAGCAAAAAAGUGAUCUUACUGAGACGAUUUCGGAGUUGCAAGAAACAUUGAAAGCUAAAGAAGAGGAAAUCAAUUGCUUACGAAAGGUGAAAAUUCAGACAGAUGAGGAGGUCAAGAAGGCAAUCGAAAAUGAACAAAUAUCAGCAAUUAAUAUGGAAAAACUGAGGGAUGAAUUGAAAGAGAUGGAACGAAUUGUGCAUAAUUUGGAGAAACAAAAGAAAUUAUUGGAAAAUGAACGGAACGCUCAAAAAGAGCUGAACGAACGACUUGAAGGAUGCAUUGAAGAGAAUAAAUUGAAAGUGAUAAAUAUGGAAAAUAUUCAGAAAAAGCUGGAAACCUGCGAACGAGCAACAAUGGAAAGUCGAAGUCGAGUAAAUGAAUUAGAAAGUGAAAAUCGGCAGCUCAAUCAGCAGCUUGAAUUGGAGCUCAAAAAAAUGGAUCGUUUGCGAGAAGAUUUUGUAGCUGUGAAAUCACGAUGUAGCGAUUUGAUAUCACGAUUACGUUCAAUCUGCGUAUCAAUUCAACUGAACGGUGGUAAAUGUGAGAUGCAAAUGAUGCAGUCCAUUGAUAAUGAUUGUGAUGGUGAUGAUGACGAGAAGAUUAUCACAAUUAUUGAUGAUGUUAUCAUGAAAGCACUUACAACUGCAAGACGUGAAGCGGACGCAUUAAGGUUACAGCAACACACACAAAUCGCUGAAUUAAAUAAUCUUAAAGAGGAUAUUGAACGAUUAAG